AUGUGCAGCAACGGCUACGACGAGUGCUACGAGCCGGCCGCCUGGCACCUCAUGCCGCCGGACUACGCCGCGGCCCAGGACGAGGAGUACAGGCUGCUGGACAGCAUGAAGAUGCCGGCCCGCUCCUCCGGCUUCCACAUCUGCGACAUCCUGGACCUGGACGAGGCGAGCAAGGCCCAGGCGGAGCAGGCGGCUGAGCAGCACCUCGGCAGCGUGCCGCUGUCGCUGGGCGCGCACCAGGAGCUGUCCCUGGCGGGCUACGCGGGGGCCGUGUUCCCGCACCCGGGACUGCUGGCGGGGGGCUCGCCCGACCCCCAGGCGCUGCUGGGGGCGUCGCGCGCCUGGGGGCCUCAGCUGUCGCCCGCCGAGCCGGCCUCGCACGCGCCAGCAGUGCCGCAGGCGGCGCACCAGCACAAGCCGCAGCAGGCGAGCCCCGACAGCACCUCGCCCUCCGCCGUGUCCCCGGGGCUGCUGACGGUGCGCGCGGACCUGCACCUGGACCACGCCCCCGCCUACCCGCCCGACUCGACGGCGCCGCUGCGGUCCGACGACCCCCCGGGCCUCAAGGGGGACCCCGAGGAGGAGCAGGCCGGCCCCAGCGACGACGAGCAGGCGGGCCGCGCCGACCUCGCCGCGCACAAGAAGCGCAAGAGGCGCGUGCUCUUCUCCAAGGCGCAGACCUACGAGCUGGAGAGGAGGUUCCGCCAGCAGAGGUACCUGUCGGCCCCCGAGAGGGAGCACCUGGCCUCCAUCAUCAGGCUGACGCCGACGCAGGUGAAGAUAUGGUUCCAGAACCACCGCUACAAGACGAAGCGCGCCCAGCAGGAGAAGGGCAUGCACGAGCAGCAGGGCCCCGGGCCGGGGGGCGCGCUGCCCUCCCCGCGCAGGGUCGCCGUGCCCGUGCUGGUGCGAGACGGCAAGCCCUGCCUCGCCGGCGGCAAGGCCUCGGAGCAGCAGCAGCAGCAGCAGCAGCAGCAGCAGCAGCAGCAGGCGCACCUCAUCAUGCCGCCCUACUCGCACUCGCUCAUACACCAGCCUCACCGCGUCUGGUGGUAGCCCUCGUCGAGCGCGGGUCAGCGCUACCUGGCCGCGUGCGAGCAGUCGCUGCCUGCCGGCUCCUGUCGGCCUUGAGGCGCGUGCCCAAGUACGGAUAGUCACAAUCUGCCGCGAGGACCGUCCACUGGUAU